AUGAUGAAAGUUAUUGAAGAACAUACAAUAUAAGAAGAAUAGCAAUGGCAAGAAAUCUAAGCAUAAUAAAUUGAAUUAGAAACAUAGAAUCUCUUUUUGAAAAAACUACUAUCUGUAAAUUUCAGCGACGAGUAAAUAAAAUAGUUAGAAUAACAAUAAAAUGAUGUAGAAUUACAAUUCUUUGAUAAUUUUUGUAUCUCAAGAAAAGACUUAGACAAGUAAGCAAUUCUAGAAUAUGAAAAGAUGUUGUAAAAUAGAAAGUCUUAAAUUGAACAAUAAUAUGUUGAUUGGAACAUGGCUCAAAUAAACUCACAUUAUUAAAAUCAAUAGCCUAUGCAUCAACCUCUGUAGGAUUUGUAUGCUGAAGAAAAAGAAAUGAUGAUGAAGAAAUAAUCUAAUCAGCUUAUGAGUCAGGAAGACAAACAGAGGAUAAUGGAAGAUUUGAUGAAACCCAUUAAUUCUUUCCAAUUGGACAUCCUUUCUGGGUCCUCAUCAAAUAGUUCACUCUAAAAAAAACAAUAAUCAGAUUAAUCUCAAUAAUAGCCAAAGAAAUUAGCCAUAGAUAUUGAUACUAAGGAAAGCAUUCCUUAAUCAAUUGUAAAUGAUACUUAGGCGGAGAAUAAGUUAUCAUCGAAAGAACAACUUUUGAGUUCUCUCAAUCAGGGAUGGGAAAAACUUAUUUAAAAAACCUCUAAUUAGAAAAGGUAUUAGGACUAUGAUGAGGAAGGUGAUUAGGUUAUCACUUAUAAUCCUAAAAACCACAUGUAAGAUAUAGAGUUUAAGAAUAGGUUUACAAAUUCUCAAACAAUUAUGUAUGAAGGUGAUGAUUAUAUGGAAGACGAUGAUGAAGAUGAUGUGCAGGUCUAUUAAAACAUUUUUAAUUAACAGAGUAAAUAAUUACAAAAGCCUACUCUUACUAAAACACAAAAGAAUUAAGAACUAUAAUAUUAGUGA